AUGUACCGACUUUUGGCCCCUGUUGCGUUGUUUCUGAUUGUGUGUGCAGCUACAGCACAAGAAGGUGACGCCAGCGAACCCACACCCGCCGUCUCGACCCUCAGUGGACAGGUGCGAGGCACUGUGAGGUCAGCUCCGCCCAUAUCAAACAAACCUGUCUUCACGUUCCUGGGCAUUCCGUUUGCAGCGCCCCCUGUCGGCGACCUACGGUUCCGCCCGCCUGAGCCCGUGGUCCCAUGGGAAGGGUUAAAGGACGCCACUGAAUUCGGUCCCAGUUGUCCCCAAGAACUGGCACGCGUGCGCAGAAUAUACGACUUCCUACCGUUUGCACUCCCACACGAAAUCGUCAGCGAAGACUGUCUCGUAUUGAACAUCAUGACAACUUCUCUUGACAGUAGUGCUGCCCUGCCGGUGAUGGUCUGGAUCCAUGGCGGUUCCUUGGUGUCCGGCACAGGCGCGCUGUACAAUUUUACAGCACUUGUGGCUCAUCAAGACGUGAUUGUUGUCACCGUCAACUACAGGCUCGGGGCGUUUGGUUUCCUCAGCACAGGGGACGACAACGCACCAGGGAACUACGGGUUUCUGGACCAGGUCGAGGCUUUGCGAUGGAUCAAGUCGAAUAUCAAGAAUUUUGGUGGCGAUCCAGACCGCGUCACGAUAUUCGGGGAAUCUGCUGGAGGCCUAAGCGUAUCUUACUUGGUCCUUUCUCCAUUGGCCAACGGGCUUUUUCACCGUGCGAUAUCCCAGAGUGGGACGGCUCUGACGACACCAACAACCCCCAACCCUCUCGCUGCAGCCACGGUCCAGGCGGAGGAGGUGGGCUGUGGAGCUCAGGAGGUCGCGGCCAUGAUGUCCUGUUUGAGGCAGAAGCCAUUCCAGGACAUCGUGGACUCUGCGACGCAAGUCGCACGGAAAAUGGGUGCCUUUGGUGCUGCAGCUUUCAAUCCUGUUGUUGAUGGGUAUUUUCUUCUGGACCCGCCAAUGGUCGCGCUGCAGAAGGGAGAGUUUAGCAAAGUCCCGUACCUGCUCGGCGUCAACGACCACGAGUUCGGUUAUCUGCUGCCGUCUCUCAUACUUCCUCCGUUUGGUAACGGCAUGUCACAAGACGUCUGUGCAGCCAUUGUGAAACGUGUGCUGUCAGUCGCAACUCAGGCCAAGGACGUUGAUGCGACAGUCACAGCUCUGUUAGAGGAGUAUCGGGACCCAAACGCGUCAGAUGACCCCAUAGCCGUACAGCUGAUGGUCACGCAGAUACUUGGUGACUUUGUCUUCCUCCUGCCGACAGUUAUAGUUGCCAACAAUCACGCGGCACGGGGUGGCAGUGUCUAUCAGUACGAGAACCAGCACAGACCAGGUACGUCCACUAAGCCCGGCUGGGUAGGAUGUGACCACACGGACGAUCUGGUCAUCAUGACGGGGAUGCCGUAUCUGGGCGAGGACGGCCCCACCUACCCCAGCAAGCCGCUGCUAUUCUCUGAAGAGGACAGGGCGCUUAGUCUGGACAUGAUGGCGUACUGGGCCAACUUUGCAAGGACGGGGAACCCUUCAGACUUCACAGGCAGCCCUUCUGUGAGACCUAACUUGACCACGUGGCCAUCUUACACCCCUGACAACCAAACUUAUCUCAAGUUAGCCGUGGCAUCGUCUGCUGAAGUGGGGCUUAAAGCCAACCAUGUUCGAAUCUGGUAUGACAAUGUUUUCAACCAGCCAACUUCUGAUGCUACCAAAGAUAUCACUGGAAAGGAAGAAUUGUGACGUAUGCAUCGCUUGUGCUGAUCAACCCCCCUGUCGUUUUAAAAUAUCUUGCUAGGGGACGCUUGAAUACUGCGGAUCGAUCUCACGGGAAAAUCAACGUUAGCUUUUGACUUAAUACAUAAACGAUUUCACACAACAAAACUUUUAAGAUUCUCAAAAUAUAACCACUCGUUCAUUUGAUAGGCUUAGACUUGUAAAAAAAUCAUAACCUUGCCUUUUGUUGACUACACUUACCCCUACGGUCAACACAUUUCUUUAACGGCAAACACGUUCUUGUCAGAACAAGUUCAAGUACAAGAAACGAUACAGCGCACUAAACGUAGAUAUUUGAUCCAGCAGUACAUAUUACUGGUCACUGUUUUUUAAUCUCUAGAAAAAGUCAUGCUGUAAAUUGGUAAUACGUUAUAAUAUACUUUGCACGUUGCAAGGUAACGCUAUUGUUAACUCAGUACUAGUGAAGUCGCUAAACGUCGCUUCAUCACUGACUCUGUUGUUGACUGCGAUUGUGUGAGUAAAAGGCGCUGCAACUAACCCAAGUACAAAACAAAAAGAAAUGUUAAUCUAACAUGAUUGUAACUUGAGGAAGUUGGUUGUUAAAAGGUGGUUGGUGUGGUAGAGGGUGUUUAAAGUCACAACGGUUUGAAAAUCACGGAGGGGGAGGGGUGUCUUUAUUUGAUGUACGAAUGACAAUCUUGACAAAAGCAAACGUAGCAACAGGUCGUAUGCAUGUAAGUGUAAUUAGAAUCGUUCCACAUAUUGGGCUAUGUUGCCGGUACCCUACGAUGUUUAAUGACGUCACAAUGCUACUCAAUGCUGACAGUCAAUGACUGGCAAACAACCGAAAGAAGGGAUUAUUUUGUAGUUAAGGUUGUUGACUUAGAAUCUUAAGAUUCUGGGUUCGAAUACUUAGGAAACCCCGAUGGUGUGCCCUUGGGAAAGACACUUAAUGCCUAUUUCCUUACUCGCCUCAGGUGAAAAUGAGUAUCUAACUUCAGUUAAGGAAGUCCACUCGGACGGGGUUGGCUUAUCGUGGCUUAUACAAACCAACAUCCGUUUUGUUUUAGCUUAGUGCUGAUUAGUGCAAAUCUAGCCGUGUAGCGACAAAUAAGCCAGGCCUAUUAAAGCCAGAAUUGUGGUGAAGAAUUGAUCAUUUUCUGGGCACACCAUUGGCUCUCGCUUCUGUCUAGUGAAGGCUUAAAUGUCAAAAUAAAGGUUAAUCCCCAGAAGUUUUCUGAUACUAAAAGUGGUUUUAUAACAAGGACACAUUCAGGCGU